GUUCGUUCACCUUUGAGGAGACACAUGUGUUUUGCGAAAUCGCUGUGUUUUGGAACAGAAUUCACAAGUUGAAUAACGCUAAUAUUCAAACAUAAGCUGACAUGGGAAGACGAAAGAAAGGUGGUGGUUCUCGCAAGAAGGUGGAGGAGUCCGACUAUGACAGCGACGACCCGAGAGCAUACGCCAAAGAGAAAGCACCAGACCCGUCAUCUAGAGACUACAUUUAUGACGAAGUUGACGAAUUUCAUGCCAACAAAGAAAAGAUCUCCUUAGAUGUAAGCAGGACUCUAGGACCCGCUGACAGCUCUGACAAUGAGGAGGAAGAGGUUCUUGGAUGGGAUGAUGGAGAUGAUGAAGAGGAAGCCAUCUUGAAGGAGAGGCUCCAGCGCUUCAGGAGACAGGAGAAGAUGGACGAGAUGGCAAGCGAUCUAGAAGAUGAGGAGGACGAUGAUGAGGGGGACGAGGAUGGAGAAGGAGACGUCAGUUCCAAGGCUUGGGGAAAGAGGAAGCAGGCCUAUUAUGACACCGAUUAUGUAGAUGAUGACCUCCCAGGUUUGGAUCAGUUGGAGGAGGCAGCCAAUCAAGAGGCAGAAGAGAAAGAAGCCCUUGCCAUUCAGAACAGGAUGGCUGAGGCAUUACAAGAUGAUGACUUUGGUCUGGAUAUCUUCAAGAGUAGUGACAGGCAGGUAGAGAAGACAACCUCCGGUGACCUUGAGAGUGAGGAGAAGGUCACCAAAGAUCUCAGCAAGCUAUCAAAGAGAGAAAAGCUAGAGCUUUUGAAAAAGGAAUCACCAGAAUUUUUACAACUUACAGCAGAUUUCAAAGUAAAGAUGCGUGAGUUGAUAGAUCGUCUGCAGCCUCUGGUCACACUCAUCAAGAGAGGAGGUGUCAUCAAGGAAGGGUCUGAAGGAGCCCAGUAUAUCCACACCAAGUACCAGCUCUAUCUCAGCUACUGCAUGAACAUCAGUUUCUACAUGAUCUUGAAGGCCAAACAUGUUCCAGUAGCCCAUCAUCCUGUUAUUGGAAGAAUCCUGGCUUUUGGAAAGCUAAUAUCUGAAUUGCAACCGGUUGAUGAGAAGUUAGCAGAGGAGAUAGAUUCCGUCCUGAGCCGAGCAGAUGAGGUAGAAAAGGAGAACAAACAGAUGAGUGCAGCUAAAGAAGAAGAACUUCUUCUUUCUCAAGAAAAGAUGGACAAGAAAAAGAGGAAAAGGAGGAAACAAGAAGACACAAUCACUAUUGAAGAAGAGUCAGCAUUACCCAAAAAAAAGAAGAAGGGCCUUCCAUCAUUAUCAGAAGAGGAGCUGAAGGCUCUAGAAUACUACAAGGCAAUGGAGAGUAAACAGAGAGAGAAGAAAAAAGAGCAGGCUGCAAUGGGAGCUUUGGAGGAAGACGGUGAAGAGGAGGAGGGAGAAGGAGAUGGAGAUGAGAAGAGAGCCAUCACCUACCAGAUUUCUAAGAACAAGGGACUGACGGCCUACAGGCGGAAGGAGCUCAGGAAUCCAAGAGUGAAGAAUAGGAUGAAGUUCCGCAAGGCCAAGAUCAGGAGAAAGGGACAGGUACGAGAGACAAGGACAGAGCUACACCGGUACGGUGGAGAGGCAUCAGGGAUCAGGGCUGGGGUCAUCAAGAGUGUCAAGAUUAGAUGAGAUUAUCUUAAUCCCUUCAACUUUGAAGAAUAGACAACAAUCAACCCUGUAUUUGUGGCCACCUCUCUAUAAAAGCCAUCUAGCUAUAGCGGUCAUACAUUUUGUCUCCUUCGAGAAAGAAAUGUGUGUUCUAGAACUUGUCUAGAAAGGCCACCUGUCUACAGUGGCCACUUUUUCUGUUUCCUUUGGGUGGCCUUAAUAGACAGGGUUGACUGUAGUUCAUAAAUACAUGUAUAUCAAAUUUUUAGGACACUUCACCCACAGCCUACUUAUGAACUACUACAUUCACUCAUCACAAGUUUUAGAUCAAAAUUCAAAAUUCAGAUUGCAUGUACUUGUUCUUGCUAUGUCAGGCAAGCAUCUUGUAAGCUUUAACAUCAUCUCAAGUAUAUGCAUAAAAUUUGAAUACAUUUGCUAUAGGGUCUAUUCAAUUGCA